CCCCCCCUCACCACCCCAGUUCAAUACAUAUACAUAGCGUCACUGCUCGUAUAUAAUUAUCCUCAUCUGCAGAUACCCCCGAAACUCAUUUGAACUGAGACAUACCAAACACCUUUGAAUCUUCUUAGUUCUCAAACUUAGUUCUCAAACCCCGCCAUAAUCACUAAGACCCAAGAUCACUAAGACCCAAGACUCUCUCUUCUUCAAGGACUCGCGACUACCGCUCGCUCGCAUUAUUUCAAGUCUGCUCCUCGCAUUGGCCUUCUUCACCUCACACAUGCACUCGACGACGACCACAGACGCUCAAUCAUAGGCGCCUUCUCACGACUCCUCACCUCGUCGGCUCCUUCCAGAUGUUUCGUAAUAGAGUAUCUUCCCAAAAGCCCGGCGACGACCUUUACGCCCACUUCAAGGCCAACUUCGGCAAUAUCGUAGGUGCCACAACCGCCGGGGCGGCGGUUGUGCCGUCAAGUCUCGUUGUCGACCCAUCAAACCUUAUGGGAGAGUCAGCGCGGACCCAAGCCGAGAUGAAAGACCUAGACCCAACACCGAGAGCACAGAACGAGCCAUGGCGCUUCACACCCUCGCUCCUCGACCCGAACUCCUAUGCCUUCUCGGCAUUCGCGAGCCAGAUGCCCGCAUACUAUACCCCAGGCGCCAACGGAAAUUCUCUAUACCACAGCCAGGCCGGCGACCUGCAUACACCCAGUAUGGGCGUUGGGAUGGGCGGGGGAACGCCAUUGUCAAUGCAAACGGGCGAGGGAGGCGUAGUGCAUCCUGGGCAGGUCUACCUCCAACAACCCCACGCGCAGCAGCAGGCCUUGCCUCCGCAGAGCUUCCAGAACAAUUACACUGGUUACCCGCCUACCACUGGCCACGAGCAGCAGCAGUCGUAUGCGCCGGCAACAUUCAUGCGCCACGAUACGGGCUACGAGACAAUGGACCACGAUGGUACGCCGAUGCAGGCCAGCGGCAGACAGAUGGAGCUUACUUCCAUGCAACCGCCGAUGAUGACAUACCAGCCACGGCAAUUCGAGAUAAAUGCCGCUGCGCCGCUGGCAGCGGCUGAGAAGUUCCGUUUUCACGUGAUGCUCAAUGCGCCUACGGCUAUGAUUUCGAACACCGACGAGAUUCCUGUUACAUACUUGAACAAGGGCCAGGCGUACUCUGUGUCAAUCGUCGACACGCAGCCAAUGCUUCCUGUGCCGAUGGGCACUCGCUACCGCACCUUUGUGCGCAUCUCGUUUGAGGAUGAGCAGCAACGGCAGAGGCCCGCAUCUUGCUGGCAACUGUGGAAGGAGGGACGUGGCACCAACGAGGCCCACCAGCGCGGAGGAAAACUGCAGGCUGUUGAGUACGUCGAGGCGACUCAGCAAGCCGACUCGGACGACAAGCGUACGCGUGUCGAGCUAGAAUCGGCCUCCUUCGAUGGGUUCUCUGUCAUCUGGACCCCCGGCGCAGCUGGGCUGGCUGAAUGCACCCUGGCAGUUCGCUUCAACUUCCUCUCCACAGAUUUCAGCCACUCCAAAGGUGUCAAGGGAAUCCCCGUUCGCUGCUGCGCCAAGACCGAAGUUCUGGACCCGGGCUCGCCACAUGCCGUCCCCGGCUCCACUGAGGUGGCGUACUGCAAGGUCAAGCUGUUCCGCGACCACGGAGCGGAGCGCAAACUAUCCAAUGACGUUCAGCAUGUGAAGAAGACGAUCGACAAGCUCAAACAGCAAAUCAAUCAAACCGAGGCCGGGAUGAAGGACUUUGGGAAGCGCAAGCGCACUGGCUCGAUUUCAAAGGCUACUACGAGCCAGCGAGCUGGGAAGGUGCCAAAGCACAAGCGCACCUGGUCCGUGUCCUCAGCUAGCUCUGCUGGCGGCCACAUCCCCGCCGAGGAAGAUCUUCAUUACAAGCUGCAGCAGCAGCAGGACAUGUUAACUAGCACCCGUCCAGUGAGCAUCCUCUACCUUCGCGGCGCCGAACAAGACGACCCGGAUCUCCACCCCGUCGCCCUCCCCGGAGAGCAGUGGGACCCCACAAAGGUCGACUCGCGCGACAACGCCGCUUGGCAGCAGCACACUAGCGUCCGCAGCGUCUCCACCGCCGGCACAUCAUCGCUAGUGUCACCAUCCCCCAGCUCGACCUCCCUGCACUCGCAGGCUAUGCUUGGCUCCUCCGCCAUCCCGGUGGCCGCGCAGUGGGGCGACUACCACGGUUUGCGCGGCGCAGACGUCUCAUCGAACCCGCAGCAUCUCGCCAGCCCCCCUGACCAGCUCACCAAGAUCCCCAAGACAGAUGAUGCGGGGGGUCUCAGCGGCUGGAUCGAGGCGCUCGGUGUUGACUCGUCGUAUCGCCCCCCUGCGGAGCCCGUAGGGAAGGCAGUCGCUUGCUUCUACGUCCAGUACCGUGAUGCGUCGCCUACGACGAAGAAGCCGUACUAUCGCGCUGUAUACCUCCCCCAACGCACGCUGAGCGAUUUCCUCGCUGAAAUCGGCACGAAAUGGGGCCUUGACCCUACGACCAUCCGGCGCUCACUGCGUGUCCUCCCUAGCGGCCUUGAGGUCGAGAUGGAUGAUGAGGUGGUGCGCGAGAUGCGCGAGGGACAGGAUGUGGCGUUUGAGCUGAAGAAUAUGGCAGCUGUCAAGCGCGAGUGGGAGAUGACGAUUGAUGAUGAGGGUGCGGAGGGAGAGGAAACGGAGACAGUGGGUUGCGAGAUCAGAUUGUUGUUCUAAGGAUGAUACCCAUGACCAACGAAGACUGGUGUCGAGCGCCUGGGCAUUCACAACCUCCAGCGACAAAACUCUCAUCGAUUAACAACCUACCACGGCACACACAUCUUCGCACAUCACGAAAAGCCAGGGUCUAUGUACAGUACAUGCACGCAUAAUCAACGCGCAAAUUUGGAUUGCCCUCGCAUCGCUCAAAACAUUUCCUACGAUUACCCCAUUUCAUGCACAUAUUUUUUUACCCUCUUCGUCGAACACUCGACUCUUAUAGGCAACAACAAACGUACACGCUUAUUUCACAUUUUUGGGGGUUUUUUUUUUGGGCGGCAACCAAACUCGGCAACAAUUACGGGGGGGCAUAGAAACAACCGGCUGCAUGAAACGAACGAGCAACACGUAUUACGCCUUUCCUUUUUUACUUCGUUUUUCUAAAAGGCAACGACAACUGGC